UAAGCUACUCUUUGCUAAAAUCAACUAUGACUAUGAUCUUUUUGUUUUUGAUCUCCUUUCCUUCUUCAUUGGCUCAUUCUAUUGCACUAGUGUGAUUUGAACAAUCAAGAUUAAUGUAGAAAUUGUACGUUAAUUCGACGAACAAUACCACUGACAAAAAAAGUCAGCCACCGACAAUUACUUAGACACUACUGGUGCAUAUGCUUGCUUAUAUUGAUCCAUCAAGAACCAGUCAAGCCAAUGGUACCAGUUGAAUUAUGGGAUUAUUUCAAUUAAACACCCCAUAAAUCAGAACUUUUGGUGUUCAUUCUCUGCCCGUCACUUCAUCACUGCUCAAGGUUUAUCUCCGAUAAGAUGUGCUGACAAAGAAAAAUAGAGUUACCGUGAGAGGAUUGAGGAAAUGUUUAAAUAUAUACGAUUUGAAUACAAGAAAAUAAUUAAUGAGAAAAUGUUUAAAUAUAUACGAUUCGAAUACAAGAAAAUAAUCUUAUAAAGAUUUUUCGUGUUUCGUUAAAUUUAAAUUCGUGCAUAUUGUUCAGUAUUGGAGUCAAAAGUAUCCGGCCAAUAUCAUUUUUAGCAUUGCACUUUGCGAUGGAAACUGUGUUGCUUUUUAGAAGAAAUUUGCAGCAUGACACACAAAAAGACAGAGACGAUAUUGGUGGUUAACUGAUAGCACCCCACCAAAUUGCUGACAUAAAGGAUAAAGACAGGCCGUUUUCUUAGUUAAUUGAGCAAGUGGCCUAAAGGUCUUCUAUCAGGGUCAUAUUCUAUCGACAUUUAUCAUAAAUAUAUAUCCGCAAGUUUUCCAUAAUCAAGCACAGAGAUUCCUUCCAAGUUUUCAAAGGCGUCCAGUUCAAGUAUCAGCAAUUUCUGCAGCAUAACUCACUGUUAUUUGCCGAUUCUAUUGUACAUCAAACCUUGCGUACACGGUACGCUCAUCAUCUCAUAAUCUUGAAAGCUCAAGCUUCUAAAUCCGGCAAGAAUAUCUUCUGGAAUCAUGAAGCAAAGGGAAGGGAAAAGUUUAGCAGAUGGAAAGAAGUCAAAGAAGAUUGCUCUACCACCUCCACCACCACCACCAACAUCGAGGUUUCUACUUGGCAGGAAACUGGCAACACAAAGCCUGACCAAACAGGAGAUUGCCAAGUAUUGGAAGCAGAAGCGCAAGACAGAAGAAGAGCACUUCCUUGAUGCCAUCAAAGCUGCAGCCAGAAUCAGGGCGCGCAAUCUCUCGGCGGAGGAUUACAAACACUUCGUGUAUUCCUUGAAAGCGGAUGACGACGCCGACAUAGUACCUAAGAACAUAUCUGAAAUGGACGAGAACAUGAAGGAGAAAAGAGUUGGUAUAAAGGACUGGUGGACUAAGAGCAAAUAUGCAUAUCUAAACCAGCCUGCUCUGAAGUCCAUGGAACGCCACUGCUACACUUAUAUUCCGCAACUGUAUUGCUACAAGGCACCACAACCACCAGUUGCAAGCACUUUUGGGAUCUUCUAGGCCAUUCAUGUUCCGUUCACGCACACUCUCAUAUAUAUAUAUAUAUAUAUCAUUGUUUGUUCAGUGUGUGAUCCUCGAAGGAAGUGUCAUGUGAUCAUUGAAAUUAUUGUAUUGGGGUUUUUAACUACACUACUCUUGUGAUGGAAAUUGCUGUCAAUAAAUAAUUGUUCUACUA